UUUGAAUGUCAUUCAUGCAUUUCAGUAAGGAAUAAUACCGCUGCUGUACUAGCAAUGUCAUCAUGACAUACUUGGUAUAAAGUUUACCACUGCAAGUUUUGAGUUUCUGGAAUUCAGCUAAUGGUUCAUGUAUUAAGUGUGAAUUAGUGCCGGGAAGACGUGCCAUGGGUGGCCGGUAUGAUUGGUGCUGGUUCAAGUCCAACAGGUUACACAAACAGUCAUGCUGAGAAGACACUGACCGGAUCGCUCGAUCUGAUGCCAUCGCUGUCUAUUCCGCCUGCCAUGGACGGGCCCAGCUUUUCGCAUUCGGAUGGAUCUAAGCUGGAUGGGUACAUCCUGGCACCCCCUAUGAGCCACGUGUUUGCCAACAACCCUUGGAGCUUCCCCCAUCAGGCCUACAGCUUACCCUGUCCCGUGCAAUCAGACAACCAGCAGCAGCUUCUCAACGGCCCGUUGGACAUGCACACGGAUUUGUUUCCCAACGGUCUCAGCGACUUUGACUUCUCCGGUCUGAAUCUGACUCGAAAUGAAGACCUUCCUGUGGACCUCUCUUGUCUGGAUGAUCUGUCGAUCUUCUCUCCUCCGACUGACUCUUUAUCCGAAUACACCGUUAAUAACUUAAUCAGUACUGACAUGCCUCCCAACGUGCCCACGAUAUGGGACAUCAAAACACCAGCAUCGGUCCAAGAGUUGAAUUCUAACAGGUUUCAGGGUUUAAACUCGUUGGAUGACAUCACUGCUAUCAUUAAUACACCACCUAUAGGAGGUUAUCAGAGACCCCAAACACAGCCAGAAGAGGAAGAGGAAGUCGAGGUGGAGGAGACAGAAGAGCUGGGCCAUGUUGACACCUAUGCAGACUACAGGCCCUCUAAAUCCAAGAUAGGAAUAUCCCAUCCUGACCGAGUGGUGGAGACCAACACUUUAUCCAGCGUACCUCCUCCAGAUAUCACCUACACCCUGUCCAUCCCAGAGACCACCAUAAAGAACGGCCUGCUCUCUGCCUUGCAGCUGGAGGCCAUUAUCUACGCCUGCCAGCAACACGAAGUGAUUCUGCAGAACAACCAGCGGGCCGGUUUCCUCAUAGGGGACGGCGCCGGAGUGGGCAAAGGCCGCACAGUGGCUGGCAUCAUUCUAGAAAACUACUUAAAGGGAAGGAAGAAAGCACUAUGGUUCAGCGUCUCCAAUGACCUGAAAUAUGACGCAGAGAGAGAUCUCCAAGACAUCGGUGCACCCAAUAUACAAGUGCAUGCCUUGAAUAAGAUAAAGUACGGAGACACAGCUACCUCAGAAGGGGUCCUGUUUGCGACCUACUCGGCACUAAUUGGGGAGAGUCAGGCAGGCGGCCAACUCCGAACACGUCUGAAGCAGAUCCUAGACUGGUGUGAGCCAGGUUUUGAUGGAGUUAUCAUAUUUGAUGAAUGCCACAAAGCCAAAAAUGCAACAUCCACAAAGAUGGGCAAAGCCGUGCUGGAUCUGCAGAACAAGCUGCCGUUGGCCAGAGUGGUGUACGCCAGCGCCACAGGUGCCUCAGAGCCAAAGAACAUGAUCUACAUGAGCCGUCUGGGCAUCUGGGGAGAAGGAACCCCCUUCAGAACCUUCGACGACUUCCUCCACACCAUUGAGAAGAGGGGCGUGGGGGCCAUGGAGAUCGUCGCAAUGGAUAUGAAGGUCAGCGGGAUGUACAUCGCACGCCAACUCAGCUUCUCAGGAGUCUCAUUCCGCAUAGAAGAGAUCAGCUUGGAUGAUGAUUUCAAACUUGUGUACAACAAAGCUGCUAAACUUUGGGCGGAAGCUUUAGCCGUGUUCAUGCAGGCCGCUGAUGAACUCUGCAUGAGCUCCAGGAAGUCCCUGUGGGGCCAGUUUUGGUCAUCCCACCAGCGUUUCUUUAAAUACCUCUGCAUCGCCGCGAAGGUGCGCUGCCUGGUGCAGCUGGCCAAAAAGGAGUUGGAAGCUGGAAAGUGUGUCGUGAUAGGGCUACAGUCAACAGGCGAGGCUCGAACCAGAGAAGUCCUUGACGAAAACGACGGGCACCUGGACAGAUUCGUAUCUGCUGCAGAGGGUGUGUUUCAGUCGCUCGUCUGUAAGCACUUUCCAUCAGAGAAGCAGAGGAGAGAAAAAGGGGCUGGGAACAAGAGGAAACGUAAGCCACGGGGACGCCAGCCGAAGCAACCCAGACACGGUACUGAAGUAGCGGGAGUAAUCAACAUUAGCGAUGACAGCAGCACUGAAUCUGACGCCAUGGAUAGUGACUCCAACUCCUCGCCAGACUCAGUCCAAGACAACACUGACGACGUCAUCUUUGUCGAUCAAACCAGCUACCAAGCGGCACGGUUAGAGGAGAUGAAACAAGGGCUUCUCAACAAAAUCGCUGAGCUGGGAAAAGAACUACCUCUUAACACACUGGAUGAGCUCAUUGAUAAAUUUGGAGGUCCAGAACAAGUAUCUGAGAUGACGGGACGUAAAGGCCGAGUGGUGCGUCGGCCCGACGGCAGUGUCCGAUACGAGUCUCGUGCUGAGCAGGGCCACACUAUCGACCAAAUCAACAUCAAAGAGAAAGAUCGCUUCAUGAAUGGCGAGAAGUUGGUAGCCAUCAUAUCUGAAGCGGCCAGUUCUGGGAUCUCACUUCAGGCUGACAGAAGAGUGAAGAACCAGCGGCGGAGGGUUCACAUGACCCUGGAGCUGCCUUGGAGUGCCGACAGGGCUAUCCAGCAGUUUGGUCGUACUCAUCGUUCCAAUCAAGUCACGGCACCAGAGUACAUCUUCUUAAUCUCCGAACUGGCAGGGGAGCGACGAUUUGCAUCCAUCGUGGCAAAGAGGCUGGAGAGCUUGGGAGCUCUGACUCAUGGUGACAGGAGGGCUACAGAGUCUAGAGACCUGAGCAAAUACAACUUUGAAAAUAAAUAUGGCACCAAAGCUCUAGAUAAGAUUACCAAAGCAAUUCUUGGUCAGAUCGAAAGCAAGGUUUCCCCUCCAAAGGAAUAUCCUGGUGGCGACGCCAUGUUCUUCAGAGACAUGAAGCAUGGUAUGAUGGACGUAGGCAUGCUAUGUAGUCAGUCGCGCUUGGGCAUCAACACUGAAAAAGACUGCAACAUCACUAAGUUCCUCAACCGGAUACUAGGCCUGGAGGUGCACAAACAAAACUCCCUCUUCCAGUACUUUACGGACAAUUUCGACUACUUGAUCGAAAAGGACAAGAAAGAAGGCAAAUACGAUAUGGGAAUACUGGAUCUGGCGCCAGGGAAUGAUCAGAUUUAUGAGGAGACGCAGGAGAAGUUUCUGACGGCGGGAAAUCCUCAAGAUGGUCAAGUUAUCCUGUACAAGAUAAGUGUAGAUAGAGGUAUGCCAUGGUUGGAGGCCCUCCAGAAGGUCCAAACUCUCAACAACCCGGAAGAAGGCUUCUAUUUAUCCCAUAAAUUGAGAGGUAACUAUCCAUGCGUGCUGCUAGCUGUGCAGGGCCAGGAGCGCAACAUGAUCAUCUACAAACCAAACAUCGGCAAGCAGGCCCAAACGGAAAGCCUUGAUAACCUCCAACAAAAAUACCGCAAGGUCACUCCGGAGGAGGCACAGGAUAGCUGGGAAAACCAAUUCACUUUCUCCUUCAGGAAAUGUAGCCAUGCUAACUGGAACGGGAGGUGCAAAAAGGUAGAGGAGGGUCAUGAGUGCUUAAUGGGCACUCGAUUGCGACAGUAUCACAUGUUGUGUGGCGCUCUCCUCCGUGUUUGGAAGCGCGUGUCUGAUGUGGUCGCUGACGUCACCAACACUAGCAUUCUCCAAAUUGUCCGCCUCAAGACCAAAGACAGCAGCAAACAAGUUGGUAUUAAAAUCCCAGAAAACUGCGUGUCAAAGGUGCGUCAGGAGCUGCUGAGGAUGGAUGUGGAGGUGAAGCAGCGACGUCAAGAGAAGGAGCGGCAAGCUCAGGAGCAGCGUCAGGUUGAGGAGCAACAGAGGCUGAUGGCACAGCGGCAAGAGUUUUUCACCUCAAAUCUGUUCACCUCACCUUUGCCACCUUCCAACCUGGCCAGUUUACCCACCCAGUACAUCUCCUUCCCCUCAUUCCCUUCCAUAAAAACCCCUUUGGACGAAUUCCUAGACUUAAGGGUUCACAGUUCCUCGUCCUCCUCCCAAGUCAGCACUCAAGCUGACCUGGGUGUAGACAACCUCUCGAGACAACCCGAAUCUACUGUUGACGAAUUUAGCCUUGAAGAGUUUAUUCAAGAGCAACCACAACAAGAGAGCCAGGCCACACAGGAAACCAUUUUAGCACAGGACAAAGACUUGUAUGACAUGAUACUGUCCUUGGACUCAUUCAUAACACCUCCUAGUCAGACUGUCCCUGCAUCUUCCUCUUCAGAUGCACCUUCGUCGGUACCCAUGGUCUUCUCUUCUUCCUUGUCCCCCUUCACUCCCUCGCUCACGCCAUCCUCAUCAUCCUCCUCGUUGUCGCAAGACCAGCAGAUGCUCCCAUUACCCAACAGCUACUGCAGCUCUGAAGCCAUCAUAAACGUACGAGAGGUCUUGAACAGCAUGCUGCAAGGUGGAACAGAACCACGCCAGUCCGUCAUUAAGUACCAACAACCCGAGUGAGAUCCUUCCAGGCGGACUCUCCGGUAAACGCGCACAUACUCAGGGCUGUAGUCUGACCACUGCCGGCGUCCAGCUCUGCCAUUGGCCUCGGUUCCACAAGGAUGAGAUUCUCCUUCACAACAUGGGAAGAAGUUCGCUCUGUUCUCGAGUAUGAUCCCUUAACUGUUUGUUGGAACUUCAGGAUAGUUACCAAGUUGGUCAUCCCAGUUUCAACAUCCUGAAUUUUAUACACUGAGACGAGAGAGUAUUGAUUUACCAAAAAUAGUUCAGGCGCAAGUCUGAAAAUGAUGUAAGGUUUGUUUAAGUUCCACAACGUACAGUAGAUUUUGCUCAAGAUGAAAACACCUGAGGUACCAUUUUGGUUCCUUAUUGGUGGAACCUUCUGGGGAAGCUCCAGGCACAUUUGAUGGUGCCUCAAAUGUCCUUUUAAGUCCUGAGAGAUCUUCAAUGUAUAUUUUAAAUGUCUCAAAGACUUUCUUUUAUUAAGAAGUCUGUCUUGUACUGGUGACUUUCUCCAUUAGCCUAGAGGUUCUCCAAAAGGUUCUUCCAAUGCGCUGACCAGAGGAACCCCAAAUGGUACCUCAAGUAUCUUUUUUCUCCGGUAUAAUUUAUUCAAGCCACAAGGUCCAUGUGGGCCUAGCUGUAGUUGUGCAAACCUCACAUACCGCAAAGUUCACUUCGGCAAGAAGCUUUGUUUUGCAUUGGACAAUCAUCAGCUUUACAUUUCCAUGAUGAACUUCUAUUAGACAAAACACUUUUCCCAAGGAGCAAGAGAACAGGCUACUGUCCGAAAUGUGCCUUUGGAACAUACGGUGGAAUGUAGACGCAAACACAUACUCCUGUACCAUUCACGUGCAGAUGUUUGUAACAUAUUUAUUGCCUUUAUUUAUCAGGCCUUGAAACAGUGUGCUAGUAGGAGAGCGUAACUACCUACAAAUCACGUACCUGUGCAGCUGUCUCUCUGUUGUUCUAAAAUAGAACAGUCUGUCCUGCUGUCCCGUCUCGCUAUGUAAUACGACAGAACGGUAACAAUCUAUUAGAUGGUUGAUUUAUUGAUUCCAAAAAGACUUGAGUCGCACUUCGUCCCUUUAUUAGUACAAUAUUUUCAUUGUGACCUAGAAACUGAAAAGUCCUUCCUUCCUUACAAGACUGAUGCAAUGUGAAAUGCAUCCCUGGUACAGAUGGGGCAAUAGAUGGGGCAAUAGAACUUUUAUCUAGCUGACUUUAAGCCCUUUAUUUAAUAGAUUAAUUAAUGUUUUAAAUGUGUGUAACAUGUAUAACAAUUACUUGAUUAUUCUUAUUUAAUUUUAAAGGGACGUUUUAGAUUAUUUGUUUUAUUGAUACUAUGACAUUUGUAAUUGUGCAGUCAGCAAACAAAACAAUUCAAAACAAAAUUAAAUUUUGUUAGACAUCACUCUGCUGCACUGGGUGGCUGAAUAUUUUGUUCCUUCCUUUUUCUGUUUAUCAUUAUCAUUCUUUAUGCAAUUGAUACAUUCUUAAAUAUUUCACAGCAAUAGCCAGAUAUCAAACUGAAAUCCAAAUAUUUACUUCAAAAGUUCAUGGCUCUAUGGUGUUUAAACCACUCCCAAUCUCAGGAUGAAAUUUAUGUUCAAUUAGUUAUUUAAAUCAGAUAAAAUGUAUCCAAAUGUGUAAUGUCUACGUAAAAAUACGAUUUGUCUUGUAUGUAAAAUUCUGUCAUUGACACAUAUUAUUUAUUUAGCCAUUAUUGCAUAUUCACUGCACAGUUUAUUUUAUUCUUUUCAUUAAGGGAAACUCUUUCAACCACAUUUGCACUUGAAACUUUGUGAAAUUACAUGUUGGUUCUUUCUCCCGCAUAUAGUUGUUACACACUCAUUGUUCCAUACUAUUUUAGUGUAUCCAUUUAGUUUUCUCAGUGCCUCCCCAAAAACAGCCAAUAGUAUGAACAUGUGACUUAAGUUUCUGCUAUGCACGUCUUAUGCAACGACAGCUCUAUACGAUGAGGCCAUGAAACUGGGACAAGUCAAAUUAACCUGUUACUAAAUAGAAAUGCAUUUGACUUUCUCUGUGUAUGAUUUGCACUAAAACAGCAUAAAUGAGUUUCUGUCUGGUUUGUGAUUCAGUGCUGCCAUGUUUGUUCGCUCAUGGCCCUUUAUGGGAAUGUUCAAUACUGUAAACAUCUCGAUUCGUUGGCUUUGCUUUUAUAUCAAUAUGGCAUUUACGUAAUUUAUUGCUAUGAAAGAAAAACAUGCUACUGACUAUAUGUAUCUUGAACUGUUUUAUUCCUGUGUUCUUAUGCUUUUGUCGUUUUCUAUAGGCCUAUUUAUAAUUUAGAUCCAGUUGUAUAUAUUGUAAAAAAAAAAAAAAAACAAACAAAAAAAACAAA